AGCUCGCGGGCCCUCCUCCUGCUCUGCAGCGGCGUCGGCGGAGUUUUGGGCGUUUGGGAGGGGGCGAGGGAGCUAGAGUCGGGAGAGGGAGGCGGCGGCGGGGAGGAGGAGGAGGAGCAGGCGCCGCCAUGGCCGCCGCUAUCACCGACAUGGCCGACCUGGAGGAGCUCUCUCGCCUGAGCCCUCUGCCCCCCGGCAGCCCUGGCCCGGCGGCGCGGGGCCGGGCUGAGCCCCCCGAGGAGGAGGAGGAAGAAGAGGAGGAGGAAGAGGAGGCCGAGGCCGAGGCGGUGGCUGUGCUGCUGUUGAACGGCGGCGGCGGCGGUGGGGGCGGCGGCGGUGGCGGCGGAGUGGGGGGCGGCGAGGCGGAGACGAUGUCGGAGCCGAGCCCCGAGAGCGCCAGCCAGGCCGGGGAGGACGAGGACGAAGAAGAGGACGAGGAGGAGGAGGACGAGAGCAGCAGCAGCGGCGGGGGCGAGGAGGAGAGUAGCGCCGAGAGCCUGGUGGGCAGCAGCGGCGGGAGCAGCAGCGACGAGACGCGCUCGCUCAGCCCCGGCGCCGCCAGCAGCAGCAGCGGGGAUGGGGACGGCAAGGAGGGCCUGGAGGAACCCAAGGGACCGCGGGGCAGCCAGGGCGGCGGCGGGGGCGGCAGCAGUAGCAGCAGCGUCGUCUCUAGUGGCGGCGAUGAGGGCUACGGGACCGGGGGUGGCGGAAGCAGCGCGACCUCCGGGGGCCGGCGAGGCAGCUUGGAGAUGUCGUCGGAUGGGGAACCCCUGAGCCGCAUGGACUCGGAGGACAGCAUAAGCAGUACUAUAAUGGAUGUAGACAGCACAAUUUCCAGUGGGCGUUCAACUCCAGCAAUGAUGAAUGGACAAGGAAGCACUACUUCUUCAAGCAAAAAUAUUGCCUAUAAUUGUUGUUGGGACCAGUGCCAGGCUUGCUUCAACUCUAGUCCAGAUCUGGCAGAUCACAUCCGUUCCAUACAUGUAGAUGGUCAGCGAGGAGGGGUAUUUGUUUGCUUAUGGAAAGGUUGUAAAGUAUAUAACACUCCAUCAACCAGUCAGAGUUGGUUACAGAGGCAUAUGCUGACACACAGUGGAGACAAACCUUUUAAGUGUGUUGUUGGUGGCUGCAAUGCCAGCUUUGCUUCUCAGGGAGGGCUAGCUCGCCAUGUACCCACACACUUCAGUCAGCAGAACUCCUCAAAAGUUUCUAGCCAGCCAAAGGCCAAAGAAGAAUCUCCUUCUAAAGCUGGAAUGAACAAAAGGAGAAAAUUAAAGAACAAAAGACGACGUUCAUUACCACGACCACAUGAUUUCUUCGAUGCACAAACACUGGAUGCGAUAAGACAUCGAGCCAUAUGCUUUAACCUCUCAGCUCAUAUAGAAAGUUUAGGGAAGGGACACAGUGUUGUUUUUCAUAGUACUGUAAUAGCUAAGAGAAAAGAGGAUUCUGGAAAGAUAAAACUUUUGCUUCAUUGGAUGCCUGAAGACAUUCUGCCUGACGUGUGGGUGAAUGAAAGUGAACGACAUCAAUUAAAAACUAAAGUAGUUCAUUUAUCAAAGCUACCCAAAGAUACUGCCUUGCUUUUGGAUCCAAACAUAUACAGAACAAUGCCGCAGAAGAGGUUGAAGAGAACUCUGAUAAGAAAAGUGUUCAAUUUGUAUUUAAGCAAACAGUGAACGACAUUUGCAAUCAACUAAAAAUUCGUCUAUCGAAUUAGGGCUGAAAAUUUCUGUUAAAGAGUGUUGCAGUAUGUCUGGUGGCUCCCUUUUCAGGACUAGGGUUUUCUCAUGGAGUACAGUAUGUUAAUAUUUACCUAUAUAACUAAUCUGUUAACGGUUUUUGAAAAACCUCGAUUUCAAAUUAUUUGAAUAAUCCUCAUAUUUUCAUUUUAACCUAUAUAAGCCUCUAAUUUUUUUUCUGAGGAAAGCAUUUGGUUUAUGAGCUGUUUUAUCUUAACAUAAGAAAAAUUGUAUUUUUUUUUCUUUUUUUUUAAGUAUCUUCAAACUGAAUCCUUUAUGCACCAAAGUUGGUUUUGAAAAGGAAAAUAAAAUCACUUUCUUGCUUGGUAAGCAAGAAGCCAUAUGGAUUUUUUUUAACUUACAGAAAUGGAAAUAUGUGUAACUUGUUAGUAUUGUAUCAAACAAAUGUUGCAUAGAGAUAAUAGAACAUUGCUUGUAAAUAAUUCAGCAGAUUUGUAAUAUAUUUUUAUAUUAUGAAAUGUACUGUAGAUGUUUUUCUAGAGGCAUGAAAGUUAAAUGUAUAUAUUAUGGGUAGAAAUAAUAUUGAAGGAUAUUGUAAUUCACUAGUGCUGCCAGAGGAAUUGUUAAUAAAGCACCUUCUUUAACAAUAAAUGUCUUUGCAGACUUAAGGGACUAUGUACUACUGUUAAUAUCUAUAAGAACAAAACACAUUGAACAUCCUUCCAGAAAGUCUUUGAGGGAGGACCUAUACCCAUAAUAGAAUUAUGGCACUCAUUUCUGACAGUGACCGUGAAAUCAAUUAUUUCCUUACUGUUGGAAGGACAUAUUGUAAAGUAUAUGUGGUUAUAUGCAGUCAAACUGCAGAAAAAUACUCCUGAUUGAGGAGUUUUCACUUUACUACAGUGAUAUAAAAACCAGCAGUUUUUACACUAAAUUUUUUAAAGAAAAGAAUAGACAAAAAUAUAGAAUUAAGCCUUUGGUUCCAAAAUGGGAAAGGUUCCAUGAUACAUAAAUCAUUUCUCAUUUACUUUAAAAAAAUUUUUAAAAUAAUAAAAAUUAUGGGAGACUUUAUUCGUUAACAGUGGGGUAAAGAGCUAUCUAUAUACAUGAAAUGAGUCAUAUAAAAUUAAAUGAAGUGCAAAUAAAAGCACUGCUACUAUAAGACAUUCUGGAAUGGUUGUUUAAUAAGGGUAUUAUCCAUUUGAUCUGUAGCAAAUGUGAUUUAUUUUUUAAAAAGAAAAGGAAAGCAGUGUGUUUUACUUUUUUUGUUUUCUUUUGCUUAAGCACUUCAUCAAUUGCUUUAUUCUGUAUCUACGAAGUAAUCUGCGAUCUCCUUUGUUCUUUUAAAAUUUUGAUUUGUUAUAAAAUUGCCAAAUAGAAGUGUUUCAGAUAUAUAGUUUGUACCUGUAUUUUUUAUUUUAUUGCCUCAUGUUCUUGUAAGUCAUUCUUAAUUGACCGAUGAUUGUAGACCUUGCCUGAGUAUUUUUUCUAAUAAAACAAAGCAAAUCACAUUUA